AUGAAUCCAGACAAUUUUGCUGAGCUAGCCCUGCGUAGAAUGAAAUGUUCCCACAUCAAUGUCAGAGUCAGCAACGAUGCAGUCGUGUCCCUUUCAUCCAAACCCAUUACUGAAUCGAGAAAAAGAAAGAGGAAUAAGAGAGAUCUAUCAAUAUGGAUCCCCCCUCCUUUCACUCCUUCUCUUCACUGUGCCUGGUGGAUAAACUAUAAGCAAGACCCUUCCUCAGUGAAGAUUCUGCUUCACAACCUACACGAUAACAUCCAUUUUCAAUUAGCUAUCAUAGAAGAGCAAUCACCAUUUUCCUCCUCUUCUCUCACUUAUGGAUGGACUUAUGAUGUGUUUCUUAAUUUUAGAGAUGAAGAUACUCGCUUUGAUUUUACAAUAAAUCUCUACAAAGCUCUGCACCAAAAGGGUAUUCAUACUUUUAUAGACAACAACGGGCUAAGAAGAGGAGAAGGGAUGACUCCAUCUCUUCUUAAAGCGAUCCAAGAGUCUACAAUAGCCAUCACAAUUUUCUCCAAGAAUUAUGCUUCUUCAACAUUUUGUUUAGAUGAGCUUGUUCACAUCCUUGAGUGCAGAAAGAAAAAAGGUCAGCUGGUUUUGCCAAUUUUCUAUGAUGUUGAACCAUCGGAUGUGCGACAUCAAAGAGGAAACUACAAAGAAGCAUUUACUCAACAUGAGCAGGGGUUCAACAAUGAUCAGAAGAAGACGCAGAAAUGGAAGCAGGCUCUGCGAGAUGCUGCUGAUAUUGCUGGUUUUGAUUUCAAACCCGGGUAUUUGAGUACUUCACCCCUCUUUUGCUUUGCAAACUUUAACCCAUCCUUUUGA